AUUAUUUGUAAGUGUCUAGAAUAUUAUUGCACACGUAAAAUUGAAGUGAUUUAUUGAUCAUAUUUUGUGUAUUAAAUUGUAAAUUGAUUACAAUACAAUACACAAAUAAGUAUGACAGGAAAAAGGGGUGUUCCAAAAGGGUGGUUGGACUUCACCAACUUGGGCAAAAGACUUCCGGGCACUUCGUUUGUGCCAUUUAAAGUGCCCUUAAAGCAGGCAAUAUGUAAUAAUUUACCCAAUGACCAAUGGUUUACGCCGAAAGACGUUUUGGAACAACUGCCGCAACUGAAGCUGGUUAUCAAUUUGACCAAUGCUGGACACGGGAGGUAUUACCAGUUUAAAGAUUUUGUCGAUCAAGGCGUGAAAGUUGAACAAAUCAUGUGCGAAGGUCGUGGGACUUUACCACCUGCCCAGAAACUACACAGAUUCUACAACAUUGUGGAUGACUUCCUGCGCCAAGGCGAAGGACACAACGAAGAUCUCAUUGGUGUGCAUUGUACGCAUGGAUUGAAUCGAACUGGUUACUUCAUCUGCAAAUAUCUCAUACACAAGAUGAACAUGGCUCCUGAUGCAGCGAUUGAAUUGUUUGAAUCAUCACGAGGACAUGCAAUUGAACGAGAUCAGUACACUACCAACUUACGGGAGAUUUCCUGUGUGGAAACAGGAAGUGAUACAAGAAGAUAUCAACCUAAAUCUAAACCUACCUCAAGUUAUGAUUCUAUAGAGUACAAUGAAAGACCAUCAAGAUCAUCAUAUACAAGAGAAUCAGUUGCGAAUUGGCGAGAAGCAGAUCAUUAUUAUCCUGAUCAUCAAAGUUAUUCACGAAGUUAUAAACAAGCAGGAAGAUAUAAUGCCCAUCCAUAUUCAAGACCAGCACAAGAAAGUUAUUAUCAGGACCGGAAUCAAGGAAGAAGUUAUAAUUCCCGUUCUAAAAGUAGAUAUAAUUCAGAUCGGAGACGUAAUAGUCCUCAAAGACCUCGAUUUUCAAGACAUUAAUAAACUUACCAAUUAAAUUUAUAAAUUUAAAUAAAUUGGUAUGAAUGUAAUGCAGUAUAAAAA